CCUGUGUCACAGAGCCUCCGCUUCCAGAAGGAUUCCUGCAGCAGACCAGCCGUCCGUUUCAAAUAAGGACACUCCGGGUGUCUCUCAGCUGGUGCAAAGUCGGCCGAACAUGUCUGGUUAACUUAACUCUGAAGGCUGCGGCUGAUGAGAAAGGCUGGAAUCCGGGGGCUGGGGAUAAACGAGAGACCUGCCGAGCCUGAGUACCUGCGAGUGAAGCUCUCAGCUUUCAGCGGGACAGGAUGUAACCGAGCUUUGAUUCCAUUGUGAGACACGGACUGGUAGUUCCUGCCAAGAGAGAGAGAGAGAGGUGGGGGAGACUCUGGGUGAGCGACCGAUCUGUCCAGAGCCACAUAAGACGCCGGAGAAAAGCCGCUGUGCGAGCCGGAGUGGGAAGGAAGGGAAGCUUCAUGUAUUGGUAUUGGUUUAUUAUUGUCACUUGUACCGAGGUACAGUGAAAAGCCUGUCUUACAAACCGAUCGUACAGGUCAAUUCACUACACAGUGAUACGUGUGUGUGUGUGUGUGUGUGUAUGUGGCUCAGACCUUGCCACCAUGCUGGAAGGAAAUGGCUCUGAGUGCGAGUGUGCUGUCUGCUGGAACCCCUACGACAACGCCUUCCGCAUGCCCAAGAUCCUGGAGUGCAAGCACACCUUCUGCCUGGAGUGCCUGGCCCGCAUGAGCCUGGCGUCUGUGCCCGAGAUGGAGCCGGGCAUGUCCUGCCCCCUGUGCCGCCACCUGACCCCGCUGGGGGCCGGGCAGCUGGUGACCGGCCUCCGCACCAACGUGGAGCUCCUCAGCCGCAUGAGGCUGCAGCCCGUCCACGUCUACCUGGACCACGGCCGCCUGUUCUACAAGGGUCCCGGCAAAGCCAGCUUCCUGCUGCGCCGGCCCACCGUCUACACCCUGAGCCUGGACGUGGAGCGGGAGAACGGCCUGCCGCUGCGCACACAAGCGGCGCCAGCACUGGAGGACCGGCUCUCUCAGAACACCAUGUGGAAGUGCUGCCAGAGCCCACCCUGCAGAACUGUCACCUACAUCACCAUUGUCAUGUUCGGAAUUACAAUCAUUCUUGUCAUCUCCCUCUUCUGGACCAAGAAAAUACUGUGGGAUCUGGGCUGAGGGAACGAGCUCGCAUUUACGUAGCACCUUCCACAUCCUCGGGGUGUCUCCAAGUGCCUUCCAGCCAAUGGACUACCUGAUUUGUGUGUGUGGUUAUGUUGUAACGUAGAAAAUGGGACAAUUAAUUUGAAGACCUCACAAAUAGAAAUGCGGUAAUGACUAGGUAAUUGGGUUUUAGUUGGUGAUUCGGGGACUGAAAGUUGGCUAAAUUGCACUGGGGAGAAACUCUUUUAUAAAUAAAGACAGAAAGUGCUGGAAACUGGUCAGGCAGUACCAAAACCACAAAGGGUUUCAGACCCAGACCAUUGACUGUUUCUCUCUCCACAGGUGCUGCCUGACCUGCUGAGUGUUUCCAGCAUUUUCUGACUUUCAUUUCAGAUUUCCAGCAUCUGUAGAUGUUUUUGAUUGUCAUUUGUCCUUCUUUCAAAUUGUGCGUUGUGAGCUUUUGAACCCACCCAACACCUGCACCUCCAGGAGAAUGGCAUUCCCUCAGAACUGCACCGGGGCGACCAGGCAGAUUUUUUUGGUUCAUGUCACCAGAGUGGGAGCUGGAGGCAGAAGCUUCUGAUCCGGAGCCGUGACCUGUCCCUGAGGUGCCUGAACAAGUAGAGAAUGCUGGUCAGCUCUGCCUCAUCCAGGGGCUGAAUGGCUCUUCCUCUGGGGAGCGCAGCCCUGACUCUGCAUGGGCUCCUGCUUCAUAGCUAUCUGCAGAGUUCCCAUCAAUUCCCCCUUCACAGGAUAUCCCAGGCACACCGGCCGCGGGAAACAAACUGAGCUGAUGUGGAGGGUUCGAUGUGUCUGAGGCAACAAUUGGCUGCAGGAAACAUUUGCUGAGACUGUUGGCAAUUAUGGUUUUACUCUAAUACUCAGGAAUCAGAAAUCCCUCAGCAUCACAUCCUAGUGUGCGGCCCCUGCCCAGAAAGCAAACUUGUGGUCAGGUCUACACCUGGAUCUGAGCCAGAAGUGCAAAGGACACAAACAAUAUCUCAACAAUAUUACCACAAACAACCAUGUCCAGACUAGGUUACACUUCCCAGACAGGUGAGAGAGUGGUACACGCACUCCCAGACAGGUGAGAGAGUGGUACACGCACUCCCAGACAGGUUGACUGAUACCCUACUUAUUACAGCAUAGAAUGAGGACAUUCAGCCCACUGGCUCUGUGCUGGCUUCCAGCAGAGUAAUCCCACUCCUCAUUCCCCUGCAGCCUAUUCGUGCUCUCUCACACCCGUCACUCCACUUUGAUUCUUUUGUUAUCGACUUACACUAGGGGGUAAUUUACAGUUGUGAUUAACCCAUCAGCACAUCUGGGAUGUGAGAAGAAACUGGAACCACACAGUCACAGGGAGGAUGUGCAAACUCCAUGCAGACGGUACCGUAGGUCAGGAUUGAACCAGGGUCGCUGGAGCUGCAGGACAGCAGUUUUGAGUCUGCAUCACUGUGCCACCCUCAACUCCCAGUGGGUGAGAGCCUGUGAAAUGACUGGCAGUGAGUGUUCCCAGGCCCUAUGUGUCUGGUACACUGAUAGCAGCAGGUCAGAUUCUAGUGCACUGACUGAUAGAAAGUAAGAGUCUGGUUCAGUAACUCCCAGCUAGUGAGGGUUGUACACGAAAUAACAGUAGCUAUGUGUCUGGGGCACUGACUCCCAGUAUCCGUGUGUCUGGGGCACUGACUCCCUGUAUCCGUGUGUCUGGGGCACUGACUCCCAGUAUCCGUGUGUCUGGGACAGACUCCCAGCACUUGUCUGUCUGCUACACCACAUCCUGCAGAGGGACACAGGUCAUAGUCCUUGGCAAUGUUGAGAUUACAUUUCUCCAGGUCAGGUACAAGGACACGAUGCGCUGCCUCACAUUGUGCAACAGGUAAAUGGUCGAUUCUACUAAGUGGUAGGAACGGAAUUGGGACAAAUACUUUGACAUUUUGUAACGGGUGUGGCAUUGAACAAAGCUGCCAAAUACUUUUGAUAAUAGAAUCAAUGUUUCACUGUUGAGCCUCCGGGACUGUGCCACAUGGGCUGUUGACAAGCUGGUCGUCAUUGGUUCAUUCUUUGAUUGACAGGAACGUUCUUCCCUUGGCUACUCAUUGCUGUGAGCUGUUUGCACAUAUUCCUUGUGUCUGUGGGUUUCCUUCGGCUGCUCCGGGUUCCUCCCACAUCCCAAAAACGUGCGGGUCAGUGGGUUAAUUGGCCGCUCUAAAUUGUCCCCUUAGUGUGGGUGAGUGGGAGCUGCUGGGAAUAUGAGAAUAAAAUAUUAGUGUUAAUGGGUGCAUGAUGGUCGGCACAGAACUGGUGGGCCGAAGGGCCUGUUUCUGUAUGUCUAAAUAAUGCCGUUAAUCUUUCAUUGCCUGGAAGAUUUUGUUAUUAUCAACCCUUAGGUUGCUAUAGAGAUAUUCCCAUUGGUCAGAGGCUGCUGGGUUGGCAUACCAUCAGAUGGGAAAAUAUCAUCAUCCACCUUUAACACAAGAUCAUGAUCCACAACAGAAAAGACACCCCUUUCUCAGAGCCCAGAAUGUCAUUAAUCUUCAUCAUCAUAAAAUGGGGACUUGUAUUUAUUUUCUGGCUUCAAUGGCCUGAGGCCUUUGAACUGUUGCCACUGUCCAAACUCAAGAACUGCAGCUAUAGAUUUGAGCAGAGCAAGUUCCCCAAACAGUAAUGUGAUAUCUAUGAGAUCAUCUGCUUUGGUGAUACCGAAUGAAGUAAUAAACAUUCUCUGACACACUCCUGACAGAUUAGAAAAGCUGCUGGCUUUCCCACCAUGAUUAACAAUUAGUUUCCUUGAUCGAGACAGAAACUUCAAAUAGAGAAAAUAGGUCACUUUACACAAUAGUGGCUGGUCAUCCAUUUCAGCUUUCUGCUCCUAUCUUCUCUCCAUUUCCUUUGAUUCCUUUAACAAGAAGAAAUAUAUUUAAUUCCUUCUUGAAUAGAUGACAUGAUCUCCACUGCCUUCUAUGGCAGAAAAUCCCACAGUUCCAUCACUAUCUGGUUGAAGAAAUUUCUCCUGAUCUCUAAGUGAACAUUCCUUCAUUCCUUGUGUCCAACCUCCAGUUCUGGAGCCACCAGAAAUAAUAAAUAUCUUAUCUGGAUCUACUCUGUCUAGGUCUGUAAAACCUUGUAGGUUUCUAUGAGAUCCCCAUCGGUUUAGGCGCAGGUAUCUGUGAGAUGUCUUAAUUAACAACAACGUAAAUGAAAAUCCAAAAUUGAAUAAAUGCCAGAGAUACCUUUGAGGGAAAGGGAACUUUGUACCUGUCAAAUACAGGAUGGUCCAGUCUAGCUACAUAUUCAACAGUCCAGGGAAGCUCAGAAAAAUGCAAGUUAUGUGGACUAUAUUGUUUUGUAUGCCUGCUUGAAGCCCAUUUGUACAUUUACAGGUGAGAAACGUGUGAAACAAAUUAGAAGUUGAUGAGCAUUUUGGAAGCCAUGGCCGGACAAAUCCUUUCAUUAUAUGUGAAUUAAAAAGAGAUGCAUACAUGUAAGCUGUGCAGGUAGGAACAGGAAGUUGCAAAGGGACUUAAGUGAGCAAAAUUGUGGUAGUCAAGGCUCAAUGAAGGAAAAUAUUAACCUGUCUAAUUUGUAUCCUAAAAGGACAAAUUGGAAAAUGUUCUGCAAAUCUGGGAAUCUAAGUAUGCAAAUCAUUGAAAACCAGCAGGAAAAAAUAAUCAAAAAGGCAAUGGUAUGUUGGCUUUUACCUCUAGAAAACCAAGGUGAGGAAAUGAUGCUUUAGUUGUUCAUUGGUCAUACCACGUCUGGAGUAUUCGGGGAAUAAACCUCAAAAGUUAUAUAGUGGCCUUGGAGAGAAUGUAGUGUAGAUUCACCAGAAUGCUCUCCGGCUCAAGAGUUAUUACGUGGCCAGGUUGUUUCAGAUUCCUUUCUGUUUAGAAGUGAAUGGGUGAUCCAAUUGAGGUGUUUAAAAUUAUGCUUUAAUAGGGGAGAUGCAGAUAAAAUAUUUCUUCUGCUGGGGGACUCCAGAUCAACAGGGCAUAAUCUGAAAAUGUAGAACUAGGGCAUUUAGGAGUGAAAUCAGGAUACACUUUUUCAUGUAAAGCAUCAUGGAAACCCGACCCAUUUCCCCAUUGGAACUUCUCAUGAUUGAGAUUCACGGAUAUUUACUGGACAAGGGAGGACAGAGGGGUAGCAACUGCAGCCAAAUUCAGUUGAGAUAUAAAUCAACCAUCAUCUAAUGGGCUGGUGAAAGUGAUUUAUUGGUAUUCGUAUUGGUAUUUGUUUAUUAUUGUCACUUGUACCGAGUGACAGUGAAAAUUUGUCUUGCAUACCGUUCGUAGAGAUCAAUUCAUUACACAGUAUAUUGGGGUAGUACAGAGUGCAUUGAGGCAGUACAGAGUGCAUUGGGGUAGUACAGAGUGUAUUGGAGUAGUACAGGGUAAAAACAAUAACAGGAUACAGAGUAAAUUGUCACAGCUACAAGGAAGUGCAGUGCAGGUAGACAAUAAGGUGCAAAGUCAAACAAGGUCAAGAGUCUACCUCAUUGUAUAAGGGAACCGUUCAAUAAGUCUUAUCACAGUGGGGUAGAAGCUGUCCUUGAGCCUGGUGGUAUGUGCCCUCAGGCUCCUGUAUGUUCUGCCUGAUGGGAGAGGAGAGAAGAGAGAAUGACCCAGGUGCAUAGGGUAUUUGAUUAUGCUGGCUGCUUCACCAAGGCAGCAAGAUAGAACUCACAGCAAGAAGAUAUAUCGCUCCUGUGGGAGUUAGAUGCCGUUACAAUGCACUAAUCUUGCAUAACUGACAAAAUCCCUCAUCAUCUCUAAUAAGAACCAUGAUUACCCACAGCACCUCUGGGCCGCCUCUCGUUGUUUUCGAAUUGUUUGACGGGACCAGCCUGUUCUACUGACAGUGAAAGAUACCAGUGAUCUUUCUGAAUGGACCUAGCCCCUGUCCUAAUUAGAUGAGCUUUAGAAGCACAGCAGGGAGAUCCCCAUACCUCCGGAUAAGUUCGAAGUGAGCUUUGAGAUGGAGCACUGGCCGGUGAGAGUAAAUGGGUUUCCUGAAGUGAUUUACAUUAAAGUAAACCGGACUAAUCAAUUGAAAUGUGUAAGGUUUAAAGUCUGUAAACUCACAACUCUUAUUUAUAGGAUGAGGGAGUGUCAUCUAGAGGGGGUAGUCAAGGCCAAUGUUAAAGGAGCUGCAGAUGGCUGCAGGGCUUCAUAAAAGACACACAAAAUAACCAGACGUAUACUGAGUGUGUACUGACCAUUAAGACCCUGUGGACAGACCCUGUCUGUCUAUUCAAUGCUGUUUGAUCUGGAUCUUGUGUUUCUCUAAUUAUUUUUGUCAGACUCCACGUAUGUGCUGGUAUGUAGACUGUAAUAAUAGCCCUUUAUUUUGAAUCUGUAGAACUUUUACCAAAAUAUUAAUUAAAGAUACUGAAAACAAACUCAUUGUGAUGGCAAAUGAAGAUAUUAUUAGCUUUGGAAGUCAUUGGGCAUCGAAUGAGGGUAGCUUCUGAUCCAAUUGACCGUAGUGACAUUUUACCCAGGUUUGCACUACAUGUCUGGUCCACUAAGAUGCCUCAGGUGUUGU